AGAAAAUAUGGAGACACUGCCAUCCGAAAGAACACCUGAAAGGCCAUUUCAAGCUCCUCUGAGUUGGAUUUCAUCAUUAUCUCCCAAGUAAUCCCAACCCACCUGCUCUCUUCAUCAAUGGUCAUAUGCUUCCACUCCUGUGACUCGGUGGCCUUCUCAACCUCUUCUUUGCAGCAUGAGAGGAGCCUCUCAAGGUGGAGGAGGUGGAGGUGUCUCACCUCAGCCCCACACCUUCUAUCAGGCAGGCAACCAAGGAGGGUGUGUCAGAUAAAAAACUCGAAUGGGUACCCUCUGAAUGCUGCUUCCUUGCAGGAUGGUUUAGCUGAAAAUUUUUCAGCAGAAGCAUCAGUCGAGAAACGUUCUAAAGAUGGCCCCAAACAAAAUGAGAGUACGGUCAGUAUUACCGUUGUGGGAGCUUCUGGAGAUCUAGCCAGGAAAAAAAUCUUCCCUGCACUUUUCGCUCUCUUUUAUGAAGAUUGUCUUCCCAAGCAUUUUACAGUUUUUGGCUAUGCUCGAAGCAAACUAACUGAUGAAGAGCUCAGAAACAUGAUUAGCAAAACUCUGACCUGCAGAAUUGAUAAGAGGGAGAACUGCAAUGACAAGAUGGAACAGUUUUUGCAGAGAUGCUUCUACCAAUCGGGACAAUAUGGCUCAGAGGAAAAUUUUGUAGAAUUAGACCAAAAGCUUAGAGAAAAUGAGGCAGGGAAAUUGCCAAAUAGGUUAUUUUACCUAUCAAUUCCUCCAAAUAUAUUUAUCGAUGUGGUGAGAUGUGCUAGCCAUCAUGCUUCUUCUCCAACUGGUUGGACCAGAGUCAUUGUUGAAAAGCCAUUUGGUCGUGACUCUGAGUCAUCUGCAGAGCUCACAAGACGUUUAAAGCAGUAUCUAACUGAGGACCAAAUUUUCAGGAUUGACCAUUAUUUAGGAAAAGAGCUUGUUGAAAACCUUUCGGUGCUUCGUUUCUCCAAUCUUGUUUUUGAACCACUGUGGUCGCGGAAAUACAUUAGGAAUGUACAGCUGAUAUUUUCUGAAGAUUUUGGAACGGAAGGCCGAGGCGGUUACUUUGAUAACUAUGGAAUCAUCCGGGACAUAAUGCAGAAUCAUCUUCUCCAAAUAUUAGCUUUAUUUGCAAUGGAGACUCCUGUCAGUUUGGAUGCUGAGGAUAUUCGAAAUGAAAAGGUAAAAGUUCUACGGUCUAUGAGGACAUUGAAACUUGAUGAUGUUGUCGUAGGACAGUAUAAGGGCCAUACAAAGGGUGGAAAAUCCUACCCUGCAUACACUGAUGACCAGACAGUGCCAAAGGGGAGUCUUACUCCAACAUUUGCUGCUGCUGCUGUCUUUAUUGAUAAUGCAAGAUGGGAUGAUGUGCCUUUUUUAAUGAAAGCUGGAAAAGCCUUGAACACAAGGAGAGCAGAGAUUAGAGUUCAGUUCAGGCAUGUUCCUGGGAAUCUAUACAAGCGCAACUUUGGAACUGAUUUAGAUAAAGCAACUAAUGAGCUCGUGAUCCGCGUACAACCUGAUGAAGCCAUAUAUCUGAAGAUAAAUAAUAAGAUUCCAGGGCUCAGCAUGAGAUUGGAUAGAAGUAAUCUGAAUCUACUUUAUGCAGCAAGGUAUCUUAGGGAGAUACCAGAUGCAUACGAGAGACUGCUUUUAGAUGCGAUAGAAGGAGAGCGCCGACUCUUCAUCAGAAGUGAUGAGCUUGAUGCAGCUUGGGCUCUCUUCACACCAGUGCUGAAGGAAUUGGAAGACAAAAGGAUUUCACCAGAGCUUUAUCCAUAUGGUAGCAGAGGACCAGUGGGGGCACAUUAUCUUGCUGCAAAGUACAAUGUAAGAUGGGGAGAUCUUAGUAGUGAGAACUCAUAGACGUUUCAACCUUUUGAUUCAAGAUUGUGCUUAGAUGAGUGCUUUUAUGUCAAAACAUUUGUAUUUUUUGUGCAUGUCUUUUACGAGCCAAUUUGUUGCAAAUAUUUAUUUAUAUCUCACUUCAUAUUUUUUUUAA